AUGGGAAGGGAGAAGGGUGGGAUGGGAAGGGAGAGGGGAGGAGCUGGAAGGGAUGGGAAGGGAGAGGGAGAUGGGGGGGAGGGAGGAAGGGAGGGAAGGGAGAGGGGAGGGAUGGGAAGGGAGAGAAGGGAUGGGAGAGGGGAGGGAGGAUGGGAGAGGGGAUGGGAGAGGGAAGGGAGGGGGAGGGAAGGGAAGGGAGAGGGAGGAACUGGAAGGGAUGGGAAGGGAGGGGAGGGGGAUGGAAGGGAGGGGGAGGGAUGGGGGAAGGGAGGGAGGGGAGGAAUGGGAGAGGGAGAGGGGAGGAAGGGGAGGGGUGGGAUUGGAAGGGAGAGGGAAGGGAGUGGGAAGGGAGAGGGGAGGGGGGAGGGAAGGGGGGGAGGGAGGGAGAUGGGAGGGAGAGGAAGGGAUGGGAAGGGAGAGGGAAGGGAUGGGAGAAGGGAGGGAUGGGAAGGGAAGGGAAGGGAGAGGGGAGGGAUGGGAGAGGGGGAGGGAAAGGGGAAGGAAGGGAGAGGGAGGGAGGGGGGAGAGGGGAAUGGGAGGGAGGGAAGGGAGAGGGGAGGGAUGGGGAGGGAGGGGAGGGAUGGGAAGGGAGAGGGGAGGGAUGGGAAGGGAGAGGGGAGGGAAGGGAGAGGGAAGGGAAGGGAGAGGGGAGGGAAGGGGGAGGGAUGGGAAGGGAGAGGGGAGGGAAGGGAGGGGAGGGAUGGGAAGGGAGAGGGGAGGGAAGGGAGAAGGGAGGGGAGGGAUGGGAAGGGAGAGGGGAGGGAUGGGAAGGGAAGGGAGAGGGGAUGGAAGGGAGAGAGGAAGGGAGAGGGAAGGGAGAGGGGAGGAAGGGGGAGGGAUGGGAAGGGAGAGGGGAGGGAAGGGGGAGGGAAGGGGGAGGGAUGGGAAGGGAGAGGGGAGGGAAGGGAGAGGGGAGGGAAGGAAGGGGGAGGGAUGGGAAGGGAGAGGGGAGGGAAGGGAGAGGGGAGGGAAGGGAAGGAUGGGAGGGAGAGGGAGGGAAGGGAGGGGAGGGAGGGAAGGGGGAGGGAUGGGAAGGGAGAGGGGAGAGAAGGAGGGAAGAGAGAGGGGAGAGGGGAGGGAAGGGGAGAGGAGGGGAGAGAGAUGGUAAGGGAGAGGGGAGGGAUGGGAAGGGAGAGGGGAGAGAAGGGAUGGGAAGGGAGAGGGGAGGGAAGGGAGAGGAAGAGGGGGGGAUGGAAAGGGAGAGGGGAGGGAAGGGAGAGGGGAGAGGGAAGGGAGAGGGGAGGGAAGGGAUGGGAAGGGAGAGGGGAGGGAAGGGAAGGAUGGGAAGGGAGAGGGGAAGGAAGGGAAGGAUGGGAGGGGAGAGGAGGGAAGGGGGAGGGAUGGGAAGGGAGAGGGGAGGGAAUGGAUGGGAGAGGGGAGGGAAGGGAGGGAAGGGAAGGGAGAGAGGAGGGAAGGGAGAGGGGAUGGGAAGGGAGAGAGGAGGGAAGGGAGAGGGGGAUGAGAAGGGAGAUGAAGGGAUUGGAAGGGAGAGGGGAGGAAGAAGAAUUGUUGGGAGAAAGGAGAAAGAGGAAUUGGGAAGGAUAG